AUGACUUGGCCUCUAUGGAGCUUUCAAAGGAAUAGAAAGAGAUUCAAAUAUUUACUAGAAAAUUUAUUAAGGAACUCCGUUUCAGGCGGCCAGUGCAUAAUUGUUCCAAUGUGUUUUCAUGAGCAUGCAUUGAACAGGCUCACGACGGAAGGUUUAAGUCACAGAUCUUUUUCCAUGGUUAAGUUUGACGUGUUUAAUGCGAUCCACUUUGAGGACAAUCAGUUCACAGUGUUUUGCAAGGAUACGUCAGGGCAAAUAAUAAUGCUUCCAAAGCUAUUGCCUACUUCUUGUAAAGAUAGUGAGGCUGUAAAAUUGAGAGAACUGCCCUUGGACGUUUGUCUUCCGCACGAUAACAAUCGCAACUCAACAAACUUCACCAUGAUUUUUUUAAGAAGCAUAGAUGAAGAAAAUAGAUACUACCACAAUUAUCUUAAAAAUAUUAUUUUUCAAGAAACUGUUCAAUGUUAUGAACGUGGUAAACUUUUAGCUGAUAUUAGAAUGAUUUAUAAAAAAUUUAUUGAAUCAUUACCAAUCAAAUUCUCAAAUAUAUUUACCGAAUUAUUCUGUCAAGAAAUACUAUGUCAAGAAGCUUUACACUUGAAUGAAAAGUAUGUUAAUGAAACGAUGAAUAUUUUUCGGAGAAUGAAAAUCAUAACUGAAACUAAUGAAGCCUAUGCAAUUGGACAAAAAGCAAUGGAAAUUAAGCUCAAAUCUAAAUUAAGUGAAGUAUCAAUGAAAGAAUAUUUCUUAAAUGAAUUUAAACAAUAUUAUACAAAUCAAAGGAAUCAUUCUAAGGAUAGAUUAGAUAUAAUGAAAAAUGAUUAUAAAUUAUGGAAUAUGUUAUUGAAAGUUCUUAAUUAUCAUGUUUAUAAUCAAUUAUCAAAUAUUGAACAGUCCAAUGUGUCAAAUUUAGCCACUGUUUGUUUUAAUUUACAACAAACGAUUGAAAUUUGGGGAUUUAUUGGUAAAUGGUUAAUAGACAUUUUUAAAUUAUACGAUCUAACCAUACUGAAUCAAAUUGACAAAGUCAUCUUGAAGGAUUGGUAUAUACUUUAUGAAUCUAUGGAAAAGGAUCUUUAUAUUCAAAAUGAUGAAUGUAAAGAAUAUUUGGAAAAGCUAGAUUCAAUGUUAAAGAGUUUAGAUGUCUAUUUUAAACAUGACAGAUUGAUAAAUACACAGAACAGUUUAGAUGGUCCAUUAGAUUUACUGCAAAAUUUAUUAAAAGUCAGUAAUGAAUGCUUAGAUUUAUUCAAUGGUGAACAUGUAUUAAAUAUUGAAGAAAAACUUCAAAAACUUGAUCAAAUUCAAAUUGAUUGGUUUGAAUUAUUUUAUCAAUCAUCUCAUUUUAAUGAAUUAAUGCUUGAUAAUCCUAUGAAUUAUGAAAAAGAAAUAACUAUACAAUUACAAAAAGAUCUCAAAAAUAUGAUCUCUAAUCGUCGAAUUCAAUUACAAGGUGAAAAUGGGAUCAUACAACUCUUAACUAAACUUGUAAGAAAUAUAGAUUUCAUCCAAUUUAUUCAAUCAAAUACUAUAAAUGAUGAAAAUUCAAAGAAUCAUUUAACAGUAAGAUUAGAUCAUCCAAAUAGAAUUACUAAUGAAUUUGAAGUAUAUAAUAAAAAGUUUUGGCAACAAUAUCAGAAUUGGACUGAAACUAUUAAAAAUAUUCUCGAUUGUAAAUGGCAAACAGAUAACAAUGAAUUAUCAUUGAAACAAAUGAGUAUACCGGAUUCAAUCAAUGAAAUAGAUAGUAUUAAUAGUAGCAGUAGUAGUAGUAGUAGUAGAUUUAGUCAACCUACAGUUGCAUUUGAAGAAUGGAAUCCAAUUCAUCAUCAUAAUGAAAAUAAAAAUGUUCUAAAUUAUCUACAAAAUAUAAAAAAAUGGUUGGAAUUAAUGAAAAAUAGAAUAGAAACUAUAUAUGAAAUGAGAAAUAAACAAAUUACAUAUGAACAAAUUACUAUCAUACAACAAUUGAAUAGACAAAUGAGAAAUGAUCAACAAAAUGUUCCCAUGGCAACUAAUUCAACUAGACAGAAGAGUUUCAAUGAAUUGACAGAAUUAUUAUAUAAAUUAGCUACACGAAUGAUGAAACAUUUAGAUGAAAAGAAUAUUUCUAUUUGUUAUAAUCAUAAAACAAUAUUAUCCCGAUUGAAUUCAUUCAAAUUCUAUGCAGAAAGAUGGAAUGAAUAUUUGAAUAAAAUAGAAGAUCUUGAUGCUACACAAACAUUUAAAAAUGUGAAGGACUAUUUAAAUGUUCAAUCAGGAAAUGAAAAAUUGAUAGGUGUAUACAAUCAAAGUAUAAUACGAUAUUUACAAUCAACCGAUGGGACUAUAAGAGAAAGUUUAUUAGCUAAUAUACUUAAUGGUCAACCAGUUGAAACUAUCAAUGAUACUGAAUCUACUAUUGAAUUACCAAGGCACUUAUUAGAUACAAAUUUAGCAUAUUUAGCCUUAUUAAAACAAAAUGAAUAUUCCCAACUUGUUCCUAAAACUGAAACUAUGUCAAUGGAAUAUGAUAAAGAAACCGCAAUUAUAGAACAACAAUGGAUAAAUCUAUGUCAUACUACUGAAUGUUUAGAACAUCAAUUAAGUAUGAAACAAGAUGAAUUGAAAAGAUUGACAGAUAUAUUACAAAUAAAAAUGGAAGUUUUAGAUGAACAAUGA